CAUUGGCGCGCCAAGCAGUUCUUUAUUCUAUGCUAUGGUUUUUAUUCUAUGAGCCCGCUUCUGCGAAUAGUGAAGGCUGUGCGAGUGCAACGUUUGCGAGUGUGUAAAAGUAACUGCAACUCGAGCCAGUGUCCGGCGUAGUGUUUUGUUUUCUUCGUUUGAGAUGGCAGAAUCCAAGAAACGAUCCAGACUAACUCAGUCUAAACUCAACUUCUCCCAGCCUUCACAAUCACCUGCGAAGCGUGGAGGUUCCGAGAAACGUGGAACCGGUGUAUCGGCGGAAGACCUUGAACGUUUGGUCAAUGACACUGUGUACUACCUCUUGAUCUCCGACCAGCACAAGGAGACCAUCAAAAAGAAAGACAUACAGAAGCAUGUUCUGAACAACAGUGGAAAAGCAAUGCGCGCCGUGCUGGCUUCAGCCAAGGAGAAACUCCAAGAUGUGUUCGGCGUCGAAUUGGUAGAGCUUGAUGACAAACAAGGCUCGGUCAUACUUGUCAGAAAAGUUGACCUUUCCGAGUUUAGUCAAUUCCUGCAGAUAAGUGACAAAGUUCUUGCAAGACAGGGUCUCAUAACUCUUGUCUUGGCUCUUAUUCUCAUGAAUCAUGGAAUCAUUCACGAAGCUUCACUUUGGAAAAUGCUGAAGCCCUAUGGCCUUGACCCAAACUCGUCGAAUCCCGUCUUUGGUGACGUGAGGAAGCUGAUCUGUGUAGAGCUUGUUAAGCAAGCGUACAUCGAGCAGUCGGUGAUUCUUGGGUCUGAUCCGCCAGUGAACCAGUACCAGUGGGGUGUGCGUGCAAAGAAGGAAUUCUCGAAGCGUUCUGUCCUCGAAAUAGUCUGCAAGGUUAUGGGUCAAGGGACUCGACUAGAGCACUAUGCGUCAGUGUACAACGAAAUAGUGCAUUCUGAGCAAGCCAACUGAAAAGGAACCUGAUGUUAGCCUUCCACAUUGGGAAUCAAUUAAUUCAUUGUACAAUACCUUUCCUUCUUUUUCCGUAGUUUGGAAGGAAGGCAGUGCAACUUUUUUUACCGUGCAGACAACACAAAAGUGAAGGACAGAAGCAGGCACAUCGCUUGUGGUGUCUGUUUCUAUUCUUUAAAAAAAUCUUUCUUCUUCAAUUAAACAAAGGACGAUCUACGGACAUAGGUGUAGCUCUUUGCCCAUUUGUUCUUCUUUCCUGAUCCUUCCUGGAUGUGUACUGGUCUGUUGAAAGAAUAGAUACAGACAAUGUAAGUGCCAUGCCGUAGAGGUGCAGUAAUGAUUGAGAAACAAGUGUUUCUUGAUCUUAUUGUUAUACUAUAAUUUCAAUUUGGUUGAAUUUAUGUAACAUAAAGUUUGUUUGUUUUUUGUGUCUUCACUCAUUACUUGUUUUGUGAGCCAGACUGCUAUAUUCUGGAAUUGGCAGUUUCGCAUUAAGGCCAACACCUAAAAAAGUUCAUUUCAUGUUUGGUUAUAUCUUUUCUUAUUUUUGCUACACACAUAAAAGGAUUCUGUGAUAUGUACAUACUUCAUCGUCUUUGCCUGCUGGGCUGCUUGAUGAUGAUCGUCUUUUUGUAAUUAAUAAAGCUGUGUAAAUGUUGC